AUGCGCGAUCCCGUACGCACCGCACUCUUUGUGUGUGUGUUCGUCAGCACAGCGGCCAAUCAUCAGUUUACCGAAGAAGAGAUGCACGAUGUCAGACAACGAAUCAAAGGUAUGUUCUACCACGCCUACAACAGUUACCUGGAUAAUGCCUUCCCUUAUGAUGAACUCCGCCCCCUCACCUGUGAUGGGCAGGACACUUGGGGCAGUUUCUCGCUGACACUCAUCGACGCACUUGAUACCUUGCUGGUGCUGGGAAACCAAACUGAGUUUCAACGCGUGGCGUCACUUCUUCAAGACACCAUCGACUUUGACAUUGACAUCAAUGCCUCCGUCUUUGAGACAAACAUCAGAGUGGUGGGAGGUCUGUUGUCUGCCCACUUGCUCUCAGGCCGGGCCGGCAUGCACCUGGAACCCGGCUGGCCGUGUUCUGGGCCACUCCUGAGGAUGGCUGAGGACGCCGCCAGGAAACUACUACCUGCAUUUGAGACCCCUACCGGAAUGCCAUAUGGCACGGUCAACCUGCUGCGGGGUGUCAGUCCUACCGAGACACCCGUCACCUGCACCGCUGGUGUGGGGACCUUCAUCCUGGAAUUCGCCACAUUGAGUCGACUUACCGGCGACACCACGUUUGAGGACACCGCACGUCGGGCACUGAGGGCUCUGUGGAAGACCAGGUCGGACAUCGGACUGGUGGGAAACCACAUCGAUGUAGUCUCCAAAAAAUGGGUGGCGCAGGAUGCUGGCAUUGGUGCUGGUGUAGACUCCUACUUUGAGUAUCUGGUGAAGGGUGCCAUCUUGCUGCAGGAUGAGGAGUUGCUGAACAUGUUCACAGCCUAUGACCGGGCCCUUGAGAACUACACGCGCUUUGAUGACUGGUACUUAUGGGUGCAGAUGCACAAAGGUACCGUAUCCAUGCCCGUCUUCCAAUCCCUGGAAGCGUUUUGGCCUGGCCUACAGACUCUGCUCGGCAAUCUGGACAGCGCUGUCAGAACCUUCCAGAACUAUUACUCUGUGUGGAGGCAGUUUGGAGGUCUUCCCGAGUUUUACAGCAUCUCGCAAGGCUACACAGUGGACAAGAGAGAGGGAUACCCACUUAGACCCGAGUUGAUAGAGAGCGCCAUGUACUUGUUCAGGGCGACCAAUGAUCAUACAUACCUGCAGCUUGGCCUGGAUGCCGUCGAGUCCGUCGAGCGGAUCGCUAAGACACCAUGCGGUUAUGCCAGCGUAAAAGACCUGCGAGACCACCAGCUGGACAACAGAAUGGAGUCCUUCUUCCUGGCUGAAACCAUCAAGUACCUUUAUUUACUGUUUGACCCCACCCACUUCCUGCACAGCAACGGGGCAGAGUCGUGGGUCGAGGGUGGGCCGGAUGGCCGAUGCAUCCUGAACUCGGGGGGCUACAUCUUUAACACGGAGGCGCACCCUCUGGACCCGGCGGCGCUCUACUGUUGCAGCCGCCACCGCCAUGAGCAACAAGAGCUCCGGGAUAUUCUGCUUGGCCUAUCACAGCCCAUAAAAGAACACAGUGACCAAUCGGAAGAGACUUAUCCAAACGGCCAGUCAGAGAGCAUUGCGCUGAAAGCUAGUGAGCGGAAGACUGCCCCUCCGCUGUCGUGUCCUGUUCAGCCUUUUAGCGCUCGACUCUCAAUCCUUGGACAAGUUUUUUCUGAUAACACAUGA